AUGGACAAGAAUCACUCACGAGAAGCAGAGGAAGAGUUGAAUGCGGUUAGUUGAUACAUUUUGAAAAAAAUCUUGAAUUUUGAAUUUCUUUGCAGUUCCAAAAUCUUCCAUUCGAAAUGAAUGAGAUGAUUUUGAAAAAUUUGGAUCCAAUUUCAAUGCUCAAUUUUGGAAAAACUUCAACGUUUUGCGAUGGUUUGGCUGAAAACUUUGAGGAUCGAAUUUUUUCAAUCAUGUGGAAUGGUUUGACAGAAAAUGGUCAAGAUAUUUUGAAAUUCAAAGUUGAUGAUUCUCCGGAUAGUUGUUAUGUUUUGAACAUCGAAAAUGCAGAUGAAGAAGAAGAAAGCAUCUUGGCCUCAUCAAAUACUCUUCUAGUUUUGGAGAGGUUAGUUCUAUCUGAAAAUAUCAUUGAAAUAAUAAUUUUCUUCAGAUUUAAUAAAUCGACAAACACAACAAUUCAAUGUUGGCAACAGAAAAUCAAUGGAAAUUGUCUUGAUUCCAUUUAUCAACAUUUUUUCGAUUUAUUGAAGAGAAAUCGAAAUUCAAUCAAUAGUUUCUAUAUCAAAAUUGAUAUAUAUUGUGAAAAUGUAAUACGAACAAAGAUGCUAUCGAUUUUUCCGAGAAAUUUGAAGAAAAUCAGAGUAGAUGGGCGGUAUUCUCCAUAUAUUAGAAGAUUAUAUUCAAUCGAUGAUGUGAGAAUUAAAGGAACUUUAUUGAAUAUCGAAGAAUUGAAAAAAUUCAAAUCAUCAAAAAUCUCGAUUUCAAUUGAUUCAAUAUCUAACGAAGAUUUUAAUUCGUUCUUAAUUUUGUGGAGCGAAGGAAAACUGCAUGAGAAUUUGAAUAGAUUUGAAAUGAAGGACCAUGGUUAUGAAAUGUAUUCAUGUACUUAUAAUUUGAAUUCUUCAUUCCGCUUUGGAAGAAAGAAAAAAACACGAAGCGGGUAAGCUUGAAUGUGAAAUGAAUUUUAAUAAAAAAUAAUUUGAAUUCACAAUCAGAUUCUUCCAAACUUUUGAAAUUGCCAAAAAUGAGAAUACGAAUUAUCGAUUGAUUGGAAGAUUCAUUCGAAAUGAUCGUGGUUGUACUGGUGAUUUAAAAGUUAUAGUUGAAAAACGCUUUGAUUAA